GAAAGAUCGAGUGUCUGAAUCGAGUCACUACGACAUCUGCGGUCUGCAAUGAGCUCUAACGUUCGUACGGACUGCUUUUUUAAUCUCACCGCUGAGCAACGGUUUGACCUUUUCAAGCGCCGACAAAGUCUUCGCACCGACACUGUGUAUCGGAAAUACUUUGGCUGGUUUGUUCUACCACUUGCACUCAUCGGAGCCAUACUCGUUACACUAUUCAUCAUAACGGUGUAUCAGGCUAUAAAAGCUCGCCGCGUCAGCCGAAAAUGCUACAUACUGUUACUCAAUCGAGCGAUUGGAGACCUUCUUAGCUGUUUAGUAGCUUUAAUCGUCUGCGCAUAUGUAUUAUUAUCGCAAAAGAUAAACCGCGAUGUGGUACCCCUUAUGGAAACAUUCUUUACAGGAUCUUUCUGGUCUGCCAUGGUUUCCUACGUAGCCCUUUCUCUACUAAAGCUAUUCGCCGUAUGGAGACCUUUUCAUUAUCGCAAGUGGUUCACAAUGAAACGAUGCAUCAACGUUAUAAUUCUAAGCUGGGUGGUCUUUAUCCUUAUGGUCAGUUACGCACUCGGCGCUGCUGCUUUGGUUAAGAUUCCGGCAUUGAAUGAAUGGUCCGGAUGUAGAAUGGAGAGCUGUCUCAGAACUAUGUACAGAUCUCGAAAUCUUGUCACAGUGGGGGUGUACUUCUUUACCAUAAUAGUCUUUGUCAUAACUGUCUUGUUGAUUCAACGAGCGCAGAGGUAUGUUGACUCAUUCAACAGGGAUUCAAACAACUCCGAAGGAGGACGUCGAGUGCGAUUUCCGCUUUGGAAACUCGCCCUGAAUGUUGCUACAUUCGCUAUCCUCUAUCUGUUAUACGUCAUUUGGAGCAUCGGCCAGUUGAUAAACACCGACCAGUGCUAUUUCCAACGCAACUAUCCGGAGAUGACGAGAUUGUUGGGUAUCGUGCGAUUUGGUCUUCUGCUACGUAUCAUAGUCGACCCUAUCCUUUCAUUCUUGACAGAUUUCCAGAUUCGUCGCGGAUUCCUGUUUCUAAUUGGUGUAAACAACCCGCUCAGCUUUGGAUCAUCAAGAAUCUUCCAUAGAUCCACAUGCUCCGAUUCUAUCGGCGAAAACCCGAGAAACUCGGUUGAGAGGAAUGGACGUAGUCAGACCGUUGAAACCAAUUUAAGCACAUCAGCUCCUACAACCAUAAAAUUUUGAAAAGUUGAAAAAGGGCGAUAGAAUGCACUUAUGUAUCUCUAAAUUUUAGCAUCCUCAUUUGUACCGUAAGCUGUGCUUAUUUUUUGCGUAACUGUUAGAUAAGGCCCGUAGUAUCCCCCCCCCUUUCAACGCAACUCGGCUGGGGGCAGGCGUACCUUGAACGUAGGACGCCUCAGUCCGGCAUCCAGUGAGCUACUAUUUAGACAGAUAGCUUUCGACAUAAAAGUCUUG